AUGUGGCGGCAGUGGGGCAAAUCAACGGUUCGGAUUCACCACACGUCAUCUCCGUCCGCCCUCUUCUCUUUUAAGGACGUCCAAGAGCUCUGCACCGACGAGCCAUCUCAACCCACCGCUUCCACUCCGAAUAAGAAAGCCUCGAUUUUCCACCGAGUCCGAGUUGCCAACUCGCUCCUCCGCACCUGGUCAACUCGGUCAGCGACUCACCCACCCACCGAAGAACCCGAAACACACGAACCGGAGUCCAGUCCCAAUGUCGUCGCUGCAAACUCGCUCCUCCGCACCUGGUCAACUCGCUCAGCGACUCACCCACCCACCGAAGAACCCGAAACACACGAACCGGAGUCCAGUCCCAAUGUCGUCGCUGUCCCGGACCAAUCGGGUAAGGACCCCCUCGCCGCAACGCAAUCCGCGCCAUUGAUUUCAAUCCCGGGCGCCGAGAAGCGCAUUGUGGUGUACUUCACGAGCCUCCGGGUGGUGAGGUCCACGUUCGAGGACUGCAGGUCCGUCCGAUCCAUUCUCCGAGGGUUUCGGGUCUCAAUUGACGAACGGGAUCUCUCCAUGGACUCGGGGUUCCUAACAGAAUUGCAGCAGAUCCUGGGAAGUCAAAGCCAAAGCAAGUUGUCCUUGCCGAGGGUUUUCAUUGGCGGGAGAUACGUCGGUGGGGCGGAGGAGAUUCGGCAGCUGCACGAGGCGGGAGAGCUCAAGAAGCUCGUCGAAGGCUUGCCCCCAGCGGAACCGGGCGUGUGCGACUUGUGCGGCGGCUAUAGGUUCGUUCUGUGCGACGAGUGUUACGGUAGCCGUAAGUUGUUCACGGAGAAAAGCGGGUUCAAGGGCUGUAUGGCGUGCAACGAGAACGGUCUGAUCAGGUGCCCUUCUUGUCAUUGUGCGCCUCUCUGAUCCGUCCGAUUAGACUAAAAAACAAUUAACCCCCCCAAAAAAAAGAAAAAAAAUAAAAAGCAAAACUAAGGUUGUUACCUUUUUUAUUCUUAAUUUUUGGACAAUUUAGUUUUUUAGUUUCACUUUGUUAAGGUUUAGUUGGUUGUGGGAGGAUUGGACAUAGGAUGUGCUACCAAAUGUUGCUAGCUUAUAUAUAAUAUAUAUAUAUAUAUAUAUAUAUAAUAUAUUAAAUGAGCUAACUUGGUUA